GGCAACCCCUUAAGUCGACACUGCAAAUAAAGUCCCGGACUUGAACACACGAACUAGAUGGCCUAGAAUUGGCGACGAUACAAACUCAAAUACCACCCAUCCUCCCGCCACUUACCCCGCCUGCCCGCUUCCGGUCGGCCGACCCUGGAAGACAUAUCAAGUCUAUCGAACGGACGCCAUCUCCAGAACACAGUCAAACAACAUGGGGUCCACGAGUGAUAACCUAAAGAGUAUCGUCAUUGCAGCGACGCCCACAGCGCCGCUUCUAUCUCACCUUCUCCACGCCCUCUCCCACCAACCCGGCAUCACAGUCACCGUCCUCACGCGCAAAACCACCGUCUCCCUCCCCCUCUCAUCCGGCCACUCCCACUCCCACAACCAUGACUCAAACGCCCACCACCACGACGCCGAGAUCUUACAUAUUGAAACCUCCUUCUCCGCCGCAGAGCUCCAGACCCACCUAAGAAAGAACGACACCCUCAUCUGCUACCUAGAAGGCUCCGACCUGCACCUCAGCGCCGACCUCAUCGACGCCGCCACCGCAGCCGGCGUCAAAACCUUCAUUCCCUCAGAAUACGGUCUUGACACCAGCAACGCAAAAGUUAGAGAGCUGCUGCAUCCCUACCGCAUGCGCUACGAAACGCAACAGAAGCUGAAAAGCAGCGGGAUGAACUGGACUGCUAUCUACUCUGGAGUUGAACUCGAGGAAGCGAUGAAGGCGGAUGGUGUGCUGGGGAUUGAUUGUCUAUGGGCGAGCGUAGUCGUGUUUCCGCAUGAUAGGAAUCUGAGAAUUGCGGUGUCUACUUACAAGGAUAUUGCGAAAUCGAUUGUGGAGGUGGCGACUGAGCGGAGGAAAGUGGAGGGGAAUGAGGUGUGGACGUGUAGCUUUCAGGCUUCGCAGGAUGAGUUGGUUGAGGCUGUUGAGAAGAAGUUGGAGAGGGGGUUGGAUCGGUAUGAGGGACUUAUUGAGGGUGCGAAGAAGGAGGCGAAUGAGAGGAUGAGGAGGGGAUAUUUUGAUGGUGGGGUGGCGCUGAUGGGGAGGGUGGCUGUUUGGGAUGAUAGAGUUGGUGCGUGGGCGGGGUGGAAGGGGGUGAGUGAGGGUGGGAAGGAUGGGUGGCGGGAUGAGGUUGGGAGGGUCGCAUUGACGGUUAGGAAUGGGGAGAUUGGGGGAGAUGGUGGGUGUGGAUGUUAGACUCCUUUUGUACGUUUCAUUCUCGGAGGCACUCCGAUUUGUAAGUUUCAACUCAUGACGAUGGAGUACCCAUGAAAAUGUAUGUGUUUGUACUGUCUCAGCCCUCCGAGUUUCAACCGCAGUCAGAAAACUCUUGAUAUUUAUACAAUCUAGCGAAUAAUGGAACGAGAUGAAGGGGGGUAGGAGGUGUGAAACAAACGCGUAGUAGAUUUGCGAAGCGUAGUCUUUCUCGCUUUUGUGCUCUUGAGCU